UCCCUCUCCAUCCAUUUUUACUGUGUGUGAGUUUUCGGGGGCGGGGGGCUGUGCCAUCUGCAAGCCCCAGCGCCUGGAUUUGUGAUAUGCACACACAACUUUAGUUUGAUAACAAACCAGGGCACCGCCUCGAUUCUUUUGAGUUUUUAGGAUUCAAUCUGAGAACCUACGGUUCUCCACGGAUGUUUCUCUCUCUCUCCUGGAAUCUAAACGUCUUGUUCGUCUCCGCUCUGUCCGAAAAGCUCCGGGACAUGUCGAGAGGCGUCUCUUGUUCCACCCGAAGCCUCCCCGAGUUGUGAUCCCGCUGACGCGCAAUGACAUGAAGCAGGAACACUCUGGUGGACGUCUCUGAAGUUGCCGAGAGGCGGACAACUUCACUGCAUUUUUCCGCUGACCUAGUCUCUAACCUUGCCUGAGGUGACACAGCAGGUUGGCCUGCUGUCAGACCUUUCAGACUUUUUCCACCUGUGAAAAAAGAAAACCCACCGACGCCGCCAUGCAGACCUCAUCGCUCCGCCGGCAGAUGAAAAACAUGGUCAACAACUACACGGAGGCUGAGAUCAAGGUCCGAGAGGCCACCUCCAACGACCACUGGGGAGCUCCCAGCUCGCUCAUGUCUGAAAUUGCAGACCUGACCUUCAAUGUGGUGGCCUUCACUGAGGUCAUGGGUAUGAUCUGGAGGCGGCUUAAUGACCAUGGUAAAAACUGGCGCCACGUUUAUAAGGCACUGACCCUGCUGGACUACCUGAUUAAAACAGGCUCGGAGCGAGUGGCCACGGAGUGCCGUGAGAACAUAUACACCAUCCACACUCUGAGAGACUUCCAGUACAUUGACCGGGACGGACGCGACCAGGGCAUCAACGUCCGGGAGAAGGCCAAGCAACUGGUGGCUCUACUGAGGGAUGAGGAGAAGCUGAAGAAGGAAAGGAGCCAGGCGCUGAAGACCAAGACGCGCAUAGCAGGGGUCACCAGUAGUUUAGGUUCUGGAUCCUUGCCGCCUCCAUACCCAGGACACCGCAGUAGCCAGGGUGGCUCAUCGGCGGUCUACGGGGAUGAUUUCCAGAGGUGCAGGGGCUCACCAUCGUCCUUUAACUCUUCAUCUUCCUCUCCUCAACUUGCUCCAGACAUGGAGCAAGCUCGGCCCGUGACCAGUGGGGAAGAGGAGCUGCAGCUGCAGCUGGCCCUGGCUAUGAGCCGAGAAGAAAGUGAAAAGCCCACUCCCCCUGUGGACAUAGAUGAACACACCCAGCUCCAGCUCGCUAUGAGUCUCAGCAAGGAGGACUCAAAGAAGCCUGUCCAACGUGCACCUCCCACCGUGGAUAUGGAUGAGGAUGCCCAGCUGGAAUUGGCCCUGAGCCUAAGCAAGGAGGAGCACCAGCAGGAACAACUCAGUCGCCAAGGAGAUGAGUCAAUGCUCCAGAAAGCUUUGGAGGAGAGCAAACGCCAGAUGGAGACUAAAGGCGGGACCGCCUUCAUGGACCUGGUAGAUGUUUUCGCGGUGCCCUCAGAUCCGCCUUCUACUGACCAUCGCCGGAACAAUGCUGCACAGCCGGCAGCAGCCCGACCGGGGGGCACAGAUCCCUGGGACUCGCUGGAAGGCAUGCCUAACACUUUGAGAGGAGGUUCUCCGUGGAUGGCACCACCCUCCAGCAGCCCUCCCCCACCAUGGGAGCCCCCGACUGACCCCUGGGAUGGCCCUCCAAACGUCUCCGACCUCACCGCGGCAGGCCGUGCAUGGGCCUCCCCUUCAAACACAGCCUCCUCGAGAGUUGAUCCAUUUUCGGCCACAUCAGAUGGAAUGGCACUUGAUGGAGCCUUUCUCCGAACUGGAAGCCCCUCAGAUGGAGAUCUAUUUGAUGAGGCCAUGGAUGGGGGUCAGUUGAAUGUCAACGGCCGAGGGGAGAGCAGUCCUGAGCUCUUCGACCUGUCACGUCUUGGGGAAAGCCUGGCUGCCUCCAGCCCUCGCACAUGCCGGACACCUGAGUCCUUCCUGGACCCCACAGCAGCAUCCUUGGUGAACCUGGAUAGCUUGAUCCCAUCAAAUCCCCAAGCCAAGAACCCCUUUUUAUCAGGCCUGAGUGCACCUUCAGUGAGCAAUCCAUUCCAAACCGAGCAGCCCAAAGUAACUCUGAAUCAAAUGGGCUCCACCUCUUUGGCUCCUCACAGUUCUCUUCCAUACAGUGCCUCCUUGCCUCUUCCCAUGAGCCACCAGCCUGCCAGCCUCCCUUCGUCGCUCACUCACCCCACGCAGCCCGGCCUUGACCUGCCAGGGAACCUCCCUGAGCCCCUGCUGCCCUUCUCUUCCGCCAGCGCUCAGGGAUCACAGGCUUCACAGAGCAGUCAGAACCCUUUCUUAUGAGGACCAACUAAACUGGAGAUAAAUCUUUUAGGAAAAAGGGGAUUGCCGAUUAGGUUCCGCUCUCGAAAUAUCACUCUAACCGCAAACCAAACUGUAGCCCGGAGGACUUUUAUAAAAAACCCUAUUCUUAGUAGUUUUUAUAUCCUGGUAUAAUACAGUCACCCUUCGAUUUAUGCUAGCUGGUUGUGCCCUUCACUAAAACAGCCCAUCCUGUCUGAUCACAAAUGCUGUAAAAGGGUAUAAUUAAGAUUACAACUGUGUAACAGGAAACCUACACAAAAGCACAGUUUGAUAUAAUUAUUUUGUCAAUUCUGUCAAAUCUUUAACAGCUUAUGAUUGGCUUCAGCUGCCGCUGCUGCUGUCAUGUUCUCUGGCUCCUAUGAAAAACCGAUUUUCUAAUAACAUGAAGACAACAUUUUAAAAGAUAUGUCCAGCCCUUGAAAUGUUACUGCAUUAUUAACAGCAGAACCAUUAUCAACAGUAACAGCAUCAUUGACUUUAUGCGACUUCUGUCAGACCAGAGUUGAUGGAAAAAGAUCAAAGUGUAUUUAAUUCUACUUUGGUGAAAUUAAUUGUUGGGAUUAAGUGAAUGAAAUUAAUAAUUUAGGAGGACUGUAAAUAUUUCAGACUUAACUAUAAGCGAGGCAACAUUAGAAGAUGUAUGAAUCAUUCAUUGCUUGUGAACUCAAAUAAUAAGGGUAUUAUAACAACACUGCUUAAUUCUUUAGUUGGUUUUAUUGCUUUGCAUUUUCUCAUUUGGCUUGAUAUCAAUACAUUUUGUAUGAAAUCCUCACCACACAGGCACACACCCAGUACCAGUUUCAAUAUUAGCUAUGCUCCUUUUGCCCCCUGCUGGUAAUAACUCAUUACUACUCUGCUGCAUUCCUUGACAGUAAUUAAUCUUUUAACAUUUGUUCUUCACACUUUCCAGGUUGUUAAAUCUGAAAUACAAGAGGUUACUUUAUUUCAGACAGAGAUCAAUCCGUACUUUGCAUUGCAUGAACUUUCCUCUGAUGUUAUAAUGUGACGCCUAUGUGAAGUCCUAUGACCUCACUGAUGUCAGUCAUGAACUUUAAUGUUUAUCUGCCAUUCAAUUAGUAGCAGUGACCUGUGUAAAUAGCAGCAGGUCAGAUCUACACUAGUGUUCAUUGAAGAAAAUGUUACGAUGACCCUGAUGAAGGCGGUCCAACAAUAAAGUUGUUCUGAAUAAUGAAA